AAGUAUUUCUUCUAUAAGUAUGAACUCUCUCACGACUCACACAAUAUAGAGAGCCCACUUGUUUUAGCUAGAACACAAGAAGCAAAAACAAACAAAAAAAACUUAAAUCUCUUUCUAGAUUUGCUUGCUUCAAUAUGUCUCCUCUACCUAUUUCUUCGAUUAGAAUUGGGAAAAUAGAGGAUGUCCAAGAACUGAUCAAAUCCAAACCAAACAAAGUUCCAGAGAGAUUCAUAAGAGAAGCCAACGAGAGAGGAGUCUUAGUGUCACUUAAGACUCAACUUCAUCAUCAUAUUCCUGUUAUUGAUCUCUCUAAGCUCUCUAAACCUCACACGCAUGAUAAUUUCCUCUUUGAGAUUCUUAAGCUCUCACAAGCUUGUGAAGACUGGGGAUUUUUCCAGGUUAUAAAUCAUGGUAUCGAAGUGGAGGUUGUGGAAGAUAUAGAGAACGUAGCUAAGGAGUUCUUCGAGUUGCCAUUGGAGGAGAAGAAGAAGUAUCCAAUGGAGCCAGGGACCGUACAAGGUUACGGUCAAGCUUUCAUCUUCUCUGAAGAUCAGAAGCUUGAUUGGUGCAACAUGUUUGCUCUUGGUGUUCAUCCUCCUACUAUUCGUAACCCAAAACUAUGGCCUUCUAAACCGGCCCGGUUCAGUGAAAGUCUUGAAGAUUACUCGAAAGAGAUAAGGAAACUAUGCAAGAGGUUGUUGGAGUACAUAGCAAUAAGCUUGGGUCUAAAAGAAGAGAGAUUUGAGGAAAUGUUUGGAGAGGCAGUGCAAGCAGUGAGGAUGAACUAUUACCCUCCAUGUUCAAGUCCUGAUCUUGUUUUGGGACUUAGCCCACAUUCUGAUGGAAGUGCCCUCACUGUUCUUCAACAGAGCAAGAACAGUUGUGUUGGGCUUCAGAUCCUCAAAGACAACACUUGGGUCCCUGUUCUACCACUUCCUAAUGCCCUUGUCAUCAACAUUGGUGAUACCAUCGAGGUGCUAACUAAUGGGAAGUACAAGAGUGUGGAGCAUAGAGCAGUAACAAACAGAGAAAGAGAGAGGCUUACAAUAGUGACAUUCUAUGCACCAAACUAUGAGGUUGAAAUAGAACCAAUGGGUGAGUUGGUUGAUGAUGAAACCAACCCAUGCAAGUAUAGAAGCUACAAUCAUGGUGACUAUAGUUAUCACUAUGUCUCCAACAAGCUCCAAGGCAAGAAGUCCCUUGAUUUUGCCAAGAUUCUCAAUUAACUAAUAAUAUUUUCAUCAUCCCAUUAACGUAACUAGUUACCACUUAAUUUGCUUUCUUUUAUUUAAAUAUAUAUUGUUGAACUUUUGUGUUUAUAAUGUAUAGGAAUGUUCCCCACCUAGGGUAUUUCGUGUCAUGAUUAAAUUCCCCAAUGUUAAUACAACUUGUAAUAUAUAUAGUAUAUGUGUGUGUGGGUGGAAUUGGGUGUGUUUAUUUUUAUGUAUGUCGAGAAGGAACAACAAAUAAGAAAAAUUUACAUCUUAUCCAUGCUUAUCUUAAUGUUGAUUAUAUUCGGGCGUGUAUUGCAA